CGAAUUGUUCUUUAAACUUGUUUUACUUGUUUAUAAUAUCUUGUGUUUUGUGAGUGUGGCAAUUUAUGGGACGAUCACGUGAGAACGUCAUUUCUGUGACUAGCAAGUGAAGUUUGUACAACCUACCGCACAAUAACAAUAUGCUAACGCCAAGCUUGAUCACCUGUCACAACCGAGCUAUUCUUACCGUGCUUCAGCGACACUACACAACGACUUCUCAACUUCCCAACAUUUUGAACUGGAUUAGGCAGGGUGACCAUAUAAAAACAAAAGAUGAACCGUUGUAUGAUGGGCACAUUCCCAUUAACAUAUUGCAAAGAGCUAUUCUUUCCGUAGGAUCCAGCAUUAUGGCACUAACAGACCCAGCAAGAGGAGACAUGAUCGCUGUUAAUGGGGAAAGUUCUGGCCAUUUUGCUCUAAUGGGAAUGCAUAAGAAAAUGCUAGAAAAUGAAGAAGGUCAAGAAAUCCUCAAAGAUAGGCCAAGAAUAAACUCAAGCUCAAUAGACCUUGAGAAGCUUAAGUGUUACCCAGAUGGAACUUUAGGAAGAGAAUAUACAAAAUUUCUUGAAGUUAAUAACGUCAGCCCUGAUACAAGAUUGCCUGUCCGCUUUGUUGACGACGCUGACUUGGCUUACGUGAUGCAGCGCUACCGAGAAACACACGAUCUUGUCCACACCAUCCUUGGUUGUCCGACUAACAUGUUAGGGGAAGUUGCAGUCAAGUGGGUUGAAGCGUUGCAAACGGGAUUGCCUAUGUGCAUUGGAGGGGCCGUGUUCGGUCCCGUCCGCUUGAAACCGAAGAACCGGUCGACUUAUCUGAACGAGUACUUACCGUGGGCCAUACGAGUGGGUUCGAACAGCACCUUUCUAAUGAACGUGUACUACGAACGACGUUGGGAACAAGAUAUCGCAGAAUUACGUGACGAAUUGAAAAUCGAAACUCCACCUGUAAUUUUAAAGUCUCAGCGCCCUGUAGAGAACGUGUUCGUAGAAGCAGAGACUAAUGGACUGAAGAUGCCACAACUCGACUCGACGCCGAUCGCAAUGUAAGCUAAAUAGCUAAAAAACAGGGACGCCUUUUACUCAAUAAUUUUUCGUCCUCCUGUUCCUCUUAAUUUCCUUGAUUGGUUCUUCUUCGCUCCCACUUGGUCUUUUUCAUUUUGUCUGAUGGAACAUUCUGUCCACUCGUAGGCUUUCAUUUUGGUAGCAAAGAGAAUAGAAUUGGCUAACACAAUAACCCGCUGAUUGAAUACAUACUUAUGUAUAGAAUGCGCGCCCUAAAUGAACAUACAGAUCUAUAUGGGGAGAAAGCGUAAAAGAGA